CACUUUCUUUCUCCGAGUGAGAGCCUCAAACUUUGAGCCCUUCCGGUGUGAGCGACCGUAGCUGAGCGCAGCCUACACUUACGGAAUACGCAGCGGAUCAGCCGAUGGCGGCGGCGGCGGUGGAAACUGCUACCGGGGACAGCUCACGUGAGAAGCAGCUGAGCCGAACUUCGUCUUCUGAUAGCGAUGAAAUUUAUUCAGGCAGCUCCCCUAAAGGUGGCAAAGCGAUCCCUGCAAGUGGGGAAGCAGAAAUCUUAAUUAUGCCUCACGUAAUGGACAAGACUCUGAUUUUAGACCACAACAACAAUAAUAACCCACCGCCGCCGCUCACGGUGUCGCUUCCAGACGGCGGCGGCGGCGGCGACGGCGACAAAACCGCUCAAGAGCAACAAGAAUUAUAUCUGAAAACUCUCUACACUUUAUCCAAUUCCCAAAACUUCUACUGUCCCAACUGCAAGUCUUGUAUUACUAGGGUGAUUAUCCUCCGUGACGCCCCAUCAUCGAACGGUGGAGCACAUUCACCGCCGCCGAGUCAGUCGCUGAGUCAUGGACCGAGGGAGCUGCCGCUGUCGAGCCCCAGACCGGCUAUCGUAGAAAGUCCACCGCAAGUUCCGGCGGCCGUUCCCGGCGAAGAGGAUGAAACUGGAAGUAUCUUUUGCGGCAAUUGCUUUAGUUUCCUUACUCCAAUAGGUGCUUGGAUCUCAUCUCAAUUUGGAUUUGGUCAGAAAAAGCCAGCAAUGACAGCAAUACGAACCGAUGCUUCAACUUUAGCAACCAAAAAAGAUCCGAGUACAAGUCGUGUCGAUUCUUCUAGCAUUUUCCAUGAAUCAAGAGUUGAAGGCGAUGACUCGAUCGUCAUCCCUGUUACUCACGAUAGCAACGAGACGACGAAUCAAGAAGCGAAGGGGGGUAGAAAGUUGGAAAUAAUAAAGAGCAUUGUGUAUGGAGGUUUAGUUGAAUCGAUCACAAGCUUAGGCAUUGUAACAUCUGCAGCAACUGCAGGCACUCCUACAGAGAAUAUUGUAGCUUUGGCAGUCGCAAACUUGAUUACCGGUCUUAUUGUCAUUUUAAACAAUCUACAUGGACUCAAGUCAAACCAACUUAAGAAGGAAGAAGAAGCACAAGUAGAUCCAUAUGAAGAAGCCUUGGGAGAUAGGCAUCACUACCUUCUUCACUUCACAACAGCCAUCAUAUCGUUCUUAGUUUUCGGGCUCGUGCCUCCUCUGGUGUACGGCUUCUCCUUCCGCGACACCGACAAUGGCGAUCUCAAGCUCGCGGUGGUGGCGGGUGCUUCUCUUCUAUGCAUUACACUACUCGCCAUCGGCAAAGCUUACAUUCAAAAGCCACACAAGUGGGAGGAGUUUGUGAAGACCGUCGUCUAUUACAUCGCUCUAGGGUAUGGGGCCGCAGGGCUGUCUUACCUAGCGGGCAAGGAGUUCGAUAAGCUUCUCGACCAACUUGGCUGGUUUAAGAGGGCUCCAACACCCCCAACUUUCUUGCUUCCUAAUAUGGAUUUUUCAAAACCUUCAUGGGGAUCCUUGUGAACUUGCUUUAUUAGAUUUCUUUGUUUCUGCCGAAGUUUUUGAGCUAUUUUCUUUGUUUUUUAUUGGAGUGUUGUUCAAGAAAUAAAGGGUUAUGUCUUGUUUUGUAGUAA